CAAUGAAAAUUAUAUUCUUUUUGGUAGUAUUAGCUUCGGCUAAUGCUGAUUUCUACGACACUGUUUCGGGAGAAAAAAUAUCCAAAUCCACGUAUGAAGAACGGCUAAAUAUUUCCGAGGCAUGUGCGAGAAUAGUAGCUCCCUGCGAAAAAGAACAAUUCAGCCGCAUAGAUGGCACUUGCAAUAACUUCUUAUAUCCUAGCUAUGGAGCCACAUUUACACCUUGGAGAAGACUACUUUCUCCUAAUCCUCAUAAAGCUUCUGAACCAAGAGAAACAAGUGAUGGCAGACCUUUGCCUCUCAGUCGUGUUGCAGCUACCACGCUACUAUCAAAAGGACGUGUGCCCAGCUUAGAAUUCACGAAUCUCGUUCCCAAUUAUUGGCUAUUGUCUAUUACUGAUAUAGCUUUUCCUCAAGAUACUGGUAACUAUAUGUCCCAUUCAACC